AUGGCUACCGCCUCAGGAGCCUGUCAUGCGGCAGAAUCGUCAUCUGUGGAGGACGCAGGUCCUGUCAGAGGCCGCGUCCCGUAUGUCGACGUACCACCCAUGCCUCGCACUCACUGCGAUGCGCUCAUUCGCGAGUUGCAGAAGGACCUACUGCAAGACCUCGAGGCUUGCAUUACGAGUUUGGAGGAGGAACAAGAGCACCUGAAGCAGGACAACAACAAGGUGACCGCCCUUCUGAACAAACUUCGUGGUGCUCCCACAUCUGCCGCCGAUGCUGACGACCUCGCCACCCACGUCAACGGCUUCGACACUGCAUUGUACUACAUCCGCCAGAAGCAGGAUCGGAUGGCUGCCGACUUCGUGACUAUGGCGAACGCACUCCGCGGAGCCGGGGUGACCGUCCCCACUUUGUAUGCAGAACAGCCUGACUCAGAUGCAGACAACGAGGUUCCGGCUGGGUCGGAAGAGAACGACGAUGAUGAAGAGGUGUAG